AUGAUGGUCCCUCGCUCCUUUAGCCACAAUCCCUUGGCGCAGAGGCAACAGCAGAUUGAGUUCACAGAGAAAGAGAAGGACAACUUUGCAAAGAGGAAGGCACGGGACUCUCGUUCUCGAUCACCUCCUACGCGGUCUGCGCUGUCUCAGAGCCUCUCCCAGGAACGCGCCGCUGCCCUUCACAGACCGACUUCCGAUCCUGUAAAGAUUCCGUCGAAGACAGAACCGCGGAUCCAGCUUACCCCUCGACGACCCGGGCCUUCCUCAUUACAGCCCUCGACAUCGUCUCCAGUGUUGCGAUCGCAGCCCGUCCCGAGGAGGAAACAAUCGGCUCAGGAUGUCCUGUCCGCAACGACGAUUCCCAUACGAAGGAAACCAAAGCAGCGACCAAGUCAGCGGCUGCCAAAUGUUGACUACGUGGCGGAUUUCAGCAAGCUUCUACGCGACGAUGUCCAGUCAAGUCAUGAAGGGAGUCUGUCGGGGAGUUGGACGAAUCCGCAGUUCGAGGGAUUGUUCGGCACCAUCGACGGCUUGGUGGAGGGACAAAUGAUAGUGGGCAGUGAAGGCCUCGACGCUGGCAUACUAUCGGCACGAUCUCUCUCGGCUGAAUCGAUGCCUUCGCUGUCUUCGGCCGACGACUUCAGCAGCAUUUCUCCGGCAACAGUCAGAUCUCCAUCGGAUCAUCGACUCCGGCAAAUGGCGAGCUCCGAAGACUGCAGCAACGAGCACCCGCUGCUGCCAAUGGACGAGGAGGACCACUUCAGCGAAACAUCGACACCCGAGCUGACUAUUUCACCACCAUCGCAACUAAGGCGGAGACCAAUGCCGCUAAAGAAAACGCAAAGUUCCUUCAAAUCCAGCCUGACUGCGUCGUUGAGGGCAUUGAAAUCUGCGGCGCAAACAGUGUCCAAUAUCGCCACUACUCCUCCGUUGGUCCAACCCGAUGAUUUCCUCGCAACAUCCGUCUUUGAAUUCAGACCUUCAUUGACCGACGAUCGACGACCUCCACCCUCGGACGAACCCCCCUCCGCAGCCGUCCGACGCUAUCUCAACCCUCAUACCGUUGUGCCUGCCGACUCACCAGCUCAACUGCACUUCUGGGUCGACGAGAAACCUACACCUACUCAGAUCUCCAAAGCCGAGAACAAGCCAAAACUCAAAAUCAAAAGGAAAUACCAGACGCAGCGAACUCCAUCUCCCACAAACGAGAGAGCGCCUUUCUCGGCCUAUGCAAGCACAACUUCCCAACUUCCCUCGUUGGUGCCGCUAGCAACUUGUAUACCCUCCACCAUCCGCACGGCCCAUGCCUCUUCCCCACCAACCUGGCUCGAACCCGACGGCACGCCAUCCAACAAGUUCCGCGCUGCCCAGACCCUUUGGGCGGACCCGGAGCACGGCAUCGACCAAGGACAACCGAGGCCCAGGGAACCCCGAGAAAACCGCGAUUUCCUGCGCGUGUUCGUGUGCGAGAUGAAUAUGCGCAAGAAUGGGAAGUUGGCCGACGAUGCUCCGGGACGGGCAAAGUUAUGGCUACCGGCCGUUGACGAGGGCGGCAAGACCGGAAGGAAGAGGUCACGGCAGAGUGGAGAGCAGAGAUGGGCAACUUGGUCGGUCGACGACUCUUAG